GUUCCAAUCAUUUAUUUAUAUGUCUAUCCUUAUGCCAAUACCACAGUUUUGAUUACUGUACCUUUUUAUUGUUUGAAAUGAGUAUGAGACCUCCUAUUUUAUUCAAGAUUGUUUUGGCUAUUUGGGGGCCAUUUGCAAUUUAUUAUGAAUUUUAGGAUCAAUUUGUCAAUUUCAACAAAAAGAUUGUAAAUUUGAAAGGGAUUACAUUGCAUCCGUAGACCAAUUUGUGAAGUAUUGCCAUCUUAAUAUUAUACUUUCCAAUCCACGAACGUGGAAUGUCUUACCAUUUAUUUAGAUCAUCUUUAAUUUUUUUUUCAGCAAAGUUUUAGAUCUUUUGCUUGUUUCGAGACAGGGUUUCACUCUAUUGCCCAGGCUGGAGUGGAGUGGCAGGAACACAGCUCACUGCAGCCUUAGCCUCCUGGGCUCAAGUGAUCCUCCCACCACAGCAUCCCAAGUAGCUAGGACCACAGGCAGCUGCCACCAGGUCCAGCCUUGGCUUUCCAACGUGCUGGAAUUACAGCUGUGAGCCACCAAGCCCAGCUACAGCUCUCAAGAAGUACAGUCUUGUACUUCUUUUAUUAAAUUUAUGCCUACUUUAUACUUUAUGAUGCUAUGGUAAAUGGAAUUGUUUUCUUAAUUUGGUACUGAUUUUAAAAUCCACUACCUGUGUGAAGUACUGAAAUGUCUCACAUCACUGAAAUGUCCCACUCUCAGAAGUGGCCCAGCCUCCCCAGGCCCACCAGGCCUUCUUCCCCUUCCAGCCCUCUGUCCAGGCAAGAACUCGAUUGGAGGCCUUUCUGGGCACUCAGAGGGACACAACACCACACUAGGAGGGUUAGCUUAAAAAAUUCAACAAGCAUGGCCAGGUGCAGUGGCUUUCGCCUGAAUGCUACCACUUUGGGAGGCCGAGGCGGGAAGAUUGCUUGAGCCCAGGGGUUCAAGACCAGCCUAGACCAUAUAGCAAGAGCCCGUCCCUCCGGAAAAAGUAAAAAAAAAAAAUUCAACAAGCAUAUUUUCAUCCCCUACUUUUUUUUGAGAUGGAGCCUCGCUCUGUCGCCCAAGCUGGGGUGCAGUGGCAUGAUCUCGGCUCACUGCAACCUCCACCACCCGGGUUCAAGCGAUUCUCCUGCCUCACCCUCCCGAGUAGCUGGGACUACAGGUGACCGCCACCACGCCCGGUUAAUUUUUUGUGUUUUUAGUAGAGACGGGGUUUCACUGUGUUAGCCAGGAUGGUCUCGAUCUCCUGACCUCGUCAUCCGCCCGCCUCGGCCUCCCAAAGUGUUGGGAUUACAGGCGUGAGCCACCGCGCCCGGCGACGCAGGAAUUUUGAAACUCGCCAAAAUACGCCCUCCUUCAGAAAAUCCCUGCCACCUCGAUAGGACGUCCUCUUCUUGAGCUCCCCUCUCCGGCCCUCCCUGAUACCGCAAGGUUGAGCAUUCGGGCACUGGCUUCCCGAACUCUGACUCAGGCACAGCAGGCAGAGGUUCUAUGGGUAGGGCCGGACCGACUGCCCGACCUUCGCGGUCCUUCACUUGCUUCACUGCGCAUGUGCCAAAGACAAUCGCCCAAAGUACUCCAAACACAGCGGCAGGGCCGGCCCUUGCGCAGGCGUACUAGCGGCCGUAGGGAGCGCUUCCUCCUCUCCGCCGCCGCCCUCGCCAUGGCCGCGCCGGCCCCGGGCCUCAUCUCGGUGUUCUCGAGCCCCCAGGAGCUGGGUGCGGCGCUAGCGCAGCUGGUGGCCCAGCGCGCAGCAUGCUGCCUGGCGGGGGCCCGCGCCCGUUUCGCGCUCGGCCUGUCGGGCGGGAGCCUCGUCUCGAUGCUAGCCCGCGAGCUGCCCGCCGCCGUCGCCCCUGCCGGUCUAGCCAGCUUAGCGCGCUGGACGCUGGGCUUCUGCGACGAGCGCCUCGUGCCCUUCGAUCACGCCGAGAGCACGUACGGCCUCUACCGGAUGCAUCUUCUCUCCAGACUGCCGAUCCCAGAAAGCCAGGUGAUCACCAUUAACCCUGAGCUGCCUGUGGAGGAGGCGGCUGAGGACUACGCCAAGAAGCUGAGACAGGCAUUCCAAGGGGACUCCAUCCCGGUUUUCGACCUGCUGAUCCUAGGGGUGGGCCCCGAUGGUCACACCUGCUCACUCUUCCCAGACCACCCCCUCCUACAGGAGCGGGAGAAGAUUGUGGCUCCCAUCAGUGACUCCCCAAAGCCACCGCCACAGCGUGUGACCCUCACACUACCUGUCCUGAAUGCAGCACGAACUGUCAUCUUUGUGGCAACCGGAGAAGGCAAGGCAGCUGUUCUGAAGCGCAUUUUGGAGGACCAGGAGGAAAACCCACUGCCCGCCGCCCUGGUCCAGCCCCACACCGGGAAACUGUGCUGGUUCUUGGAUGAGGCGGCCGCCCGCCUCCUGACCGUACCCUUCGAGAAGCAUUCCACUUUGUAGCUGGCCAGAGGGACGCCGCAGCUGGGACCAGGCACGCGGCCCAGGGGGCUGGGCCCCUGCUGGCCGCCACUCUCCGGGCUCUCCUUUCAAAAAGCCACGUGGUGCUGCUGCUGGAAGCCAACAGCCUCCGGCCAGCAGCCCUGCCCGGGGCUCAACACACAGGCUGUGGCUCUGGACAUCCGGAUAUUAAAAGGAGCGUUGCUGGAA